AUGAUAAAUAAUUUAUCAGUUGACUAUUUUUUGAUAACUUUCACAGGAAUCGAGAUAAUUAAGCUUAAAGAUGACAGUUUGGCUCGGCAUUUAUUAGAGAAAAUACGGCGCCGUUUCAGUACGGUGACACAGAUUAAUACAGAAGGCCUCCAAGCUAUGGGAAAGGGAGGAGGGCGAAUGGAAACGGUCGGGGAGGAUGGCACCCCGGCGGAUUACAAAGGUAAUCGAAAAUUCACGACAAGUCUCGGCCAUCUGGCAUUGUACAAAGAGGAUGAGGGCAUCGGGACACAAGCCUCUUUCAUUUCGGGUUAUACGACACCUGGACCCAAAGAAAGAGCAACUUCUGAGCAUGUGAAAGCAAACUUAGGUGUGAUGCUUGGAGUAUACUUACCCACCAUUCAACAUAUUCUUGGUGUCACUAUGUUUAUCCGUCUUUUCUGGGUCGUUGGGAUGGCCGGAGUCGCGUGGACGAUGGCCCUUCUUGCCAUUUGUUGCCUUUCUACUCUAUUGACCUCAAUUUCAUUAUCCGCUGUUGCCACAAAUGGAGUCGUUGAAUCUGGAGGAGCGUAUUUCAUCAUCAGCAGAAAUUUGGGUGCAGAAUUCGGAUCUGCAGUCGGAAUCUUGUUCUAUUUGGCCAAUACAGUAGCAGCUUCCAUGUACAUUGUGGGAGGAGUUGAAGUAAUUCUAAUGUACUUGUGGCCUGAAAUGGCAAUUGGAGGAGCUGAUGCACUUCAUGACACGGAAAUGUUUGGAUCGCUUUACAACAAUCUUCGUCUUUACGGAACCGUCUUUCUUUUGAUUCAAGCUCUCAUUGUGGCUAUGGGCGUGAAGUUUGUCCAACUGUUGGCUCCAGUUUCGCUGAUGUGUGUAGUCUUGGCAAUCAUGGCUUGCUUCGGAGGUGGAAUUGAGAAGCAGAUUACGAUGGAAGGAAUGAAAGUGUGUGCAAUUGACAAUCAUCUUCUGCAGUCCUCAAUCAUCACUCAUCCAUUGCAUAAGAAUCAGACGAGUUGGUCGAAUGAAACUUUGGAUUUCUGCAAUCUCUGUGACAAAUCUCUUUAUCUGGAAAGUGUCUUCUGUGCAAAUGUGAACAACGACGAGGCUUCAGCCGAAGACGAUGUUUUCUGUACUCAUUACACUUCAAAGAAAAUGACAUGUCAGAUGGCGUUCCCUGGAUUCAAUAUGAAAACUUUGAACGAUAAUAUGUGGCCAGAAUACAUGGAAAAAACAGAAGUGGUACCAGGAGUGAGAGGAAAAGAGACCGCAGAAGUUGUACAAGACGAAUCGUCCACUUUCUUCAUGCUCAUGGCCAUCUACUUCCCAGCUGUAACUGGAAUCUUCACAGGAACCAAUAUGAGUGGAGAUCUCCGAGAUCCUCAAAGAAGUAUCCCUGUUGGAACAAUCGCUGCAACAUUGACCACUUCUGCCAUCUAUUAUGCUCUUGCAAUUCUCUUCGGUGGAUCCAUCAAUAGAAGUGUUUUGAGAGAUAAAUUCGGAAGAUCAAUUGGAAAUACAAUGGUAGUCGCUGCUCUUUCUUGGCCACAUCCCGCCGUCGUCACCGUUGGAGCAUUCCUUUCCACUUUUGGAGCAGCGCUUCAGUGUCUUUGCAGUGCGCCGCGUCUCUUGCAAUCAAUCGCCAAGGAUGAUGUGAUCCCGAUUCUCGCUCCAUUCGCAAGAGUUACAAAGAACAAUGAGCCAUUUCUUGGACUGGUCCUCACUGUUAUCAUUGCUGAAUGUGGAAUACUUCUUGGUGCAGUGGAUAAAAUUGCUGAAGUUUUGGAUUUCUUCUUCCUUAUGUGUUAUGCCUUUGUUAAUUUAAUCGCCGUCCUCCAUUCGAUUCUGAAAUCACCAAAUUGGAGACCAAGAUUCAAAUACUUUCACUGGUCCCUUUCUCUACUCGGAGCUGCGCUUUGCUUCUUCAUCAUGUUCGCAUCGAGCGUUCCGCUUGCUUGUAUUGCCUGUACAGCUACUGCAGUCAUCUAUAAAUACGUCGAGUGGAAAGGAGCCAAGAAAGAAUGGGGAGACGGAAUGAGAGGUUUGGCUCUGUCUACUGCUCAGUACAGUCUUCUAAAAGUGGAAGAUAAAGAUCCGCAUCCUAAAAAUUGGAGACCUCAAGUUCUGAUUCUUCUGACAAGUCAAUGGUCGAAAGAAAUGAUUGACAGAAGAGCAGUCUCAAUGCUCAACCUGGGAGCUCAACUGAAGGCCGGACGUGGAUUGGCUAUUGCUUGUGCUUUUCUGAAAGGAACUGUCGAUUCUCAAAAGGAUAAAAAUAGAGCGAGAGAUGUGAAGACCACUCUAGUGAAGGAUAUGACAAGUGUUCGCCUUCGUGGGUUUGCGAAAACCAUGUUCUACAACAACCAUCAAAUCAAUGGAACCAUUUCUGGGCUGUAUCAGUCUAUUGGUAUUGGAGGAUUAAGACCAAACACGAUUCUUGUCAACUGGCCAAACGAUAAAAAUGCGGAUGAGUUGGUUUUGUUUGCUGAGGAAAUCAUCCACGGAGCUGCCAAUGAUAACUGUCUUAUUGUUACCAAAGGAAUCACCGACUUCCCUGAAUACUCGGAAAGACUCACAGGUUUUAUUGACAUUUGGUGGAUUGUUCAAGAUGGAGGAAUUCUGAUGUUGAUUGCGUAUCUUCUCCGUCAACACAAAGUCUGGAAAGGAUGUACUCUUCGUAUUUUCGCUGUCAGUGAGCAAGAUUCUACUAAAUCGGAGGAUAUGAAAGCAGGACUUCAGAAGUACAUCUACAUGUUACGAAUUGACGCAGAACUCUUUAUUGUCGAUCUUCUGGAUAUGGAGGUUUCGGAUGAAGUGGUUGAGAAGGCAGCUGAGGUGGAAAGAAAACAAAAAGAGCGUGAGGAAAUGAGAAGAAGCAAAAGUGGAUAUUUGAAUGACGGAUACAUGGAAGACAAUGGGAAACACCGUCCAAUCCAAAUGAGACAUAGCGAUUCAACUAGAAGCUUCACUCCACAGCCACACACUUCCAUUAAUUUGGAUGAGUCAGCCGAGACUUCAUUUACCGAAAGCCUUUUCGAUGACUUCUACCGAUCUGGAACUCCGAAUGAGGAUAUGGAAGGGGCAAUGAAGCUGAACAUCCAUAAAAUGAACACUUCGGUCCGAUUGAACCGUGUGAUCCGUGAAAACUCCCCAGACUCUCAACUCAUUCUAUUGAAUCUCCCAUCUCCACCAAGAAACCGACUUGCUUUCAACAAUUCUUAUAUGACCUACUUGGACGUCCUCACCGAAGACUUGCCACGUGUCCUCUUCAUCGGUGGCAGUGGUCGUGAAGUGAUCACAAUUGACUCUUAA